AUGUCAGACGUGGCUAAAAAGGAAGACAAGUCGGAAGCUGUUUGUGUUCGGAAACAGGAGGAGGAUUAUCUGAAAACAGUGAAUAAGCAGCUGCUGGUUCUUCCAGGCAUUGAAGACUUAGCAAAAAAGGACAUCUUACACAGGAAUCCUUGUCUGGAGAAAAUCUCAGAUGUGAAGACACAAAGAGAAAACGUUCGAGGAGCUUCAGCACGAGAACAGCACAAGUUAGUAUUAAACUUGUGUUUGCCAAACAAAAGAGCCAUUUGGCAUCAGAAAUAGGGGAUAUCACUUCCUGAUACUCACAGGAAGAGAACAAGUGAGGUAAAACAUCAUAGAAUAAUCUCUGGCUCUGUGGUGAAUCUCCAGGCAGUUGAAUCAAAGGGCUGUUGCAUCCCGGUAGUCCCCGAAGAAAACUUCCAGACAGAUUCAAAGUCCAGGUGCCACAAACAGCUAGUACAGGCAGCAGAACCCGAAUCCACAUGCGUAAGAAUAGACAGAGACUGCAUAUCCAUCUGGACUACAAAGAUUCCACCUUUGUCCACAAUUUCCAAGAACAUGGUCCACAUGGACAAUGGUCCUAUCCCUAGAAGUCCUCAGGACCUGUCUGUAAACAUCACCAGACACCACUUUACAAUCAGAAAUGGACAGAUCGACCCAAUGGAUGCAGAUUUCUAUCAUUUCAAGCAGUGUUUUACCUUGUGCUGGAGCAAUGUGGUUGAUGUUUUAGAGGCACUGAAAAAACUGCUCAGGGACUUUGCUGUACCUUUAGCCAAAGUGAGUGGAGAGCGCCUGGUGGAGCUGAGCCAUGUUUGGGACAGUGGAUGGAGUAAGGCUCCUUCAACAAUGUCUGUCCUCUCAGUGGUUGAAAACUGGGAGGAGGUAUCAGGCCUCAUCUCGCACCCAGGUCAGUGCUACAAGGGAGAGGGAGGCAUCGAGGCAGCUGCCAUCCACAUCCAGUCCUGCUGGAGGCACUACUUAGCCCGGACAGCCUACCUGUGCCACUGUCGCCGCAAGUGGGCGGCGGUCACCAUUGCCAUCUCAUGGUUGAUGCACAUUCAGCUCUGCCAUGUCAGGAAGGCCCUGCAGGCCCGGCGUUUCAGUCAACUGGAAAACAGUCGCAGCAGAGCGCAGCAUCUGGCAGCCAACUGGAAACACAUCCAGUCCUCCAAGAGGACCAUUAUCCACAUCCCUUCAUUAGGAUACUCACAGACGAAACGACUGAACAUGAGAGGUUUUGAUGUCCUACAGAACAUUCAAAUGAGCAGGUUGUGUGAUACUAGAGAUGAAAAUGUGGAGGUGAUCUACAUAUGUCCGCAGCAUCUGGGAGACGACAUCUUGGACUAUUACACCAGCCUCCUGAAGUGUGAUGGGACCACAGAUGGGGUUAAUACCACGGCUGCUCGGGCCUCAUCCUCCGUGAGACACUAUAGCAUCCUCACACCUGAGGCUGUAGAUUAUUUCCCAACCCACAACAUGUGCCUGUCUACACUGCUGAAGUACAGUCCACACACCCUGAAGCACAUCAGAAGCCUGAUCGAAGGGAAGCAGGCCUAUAUUGUGGGUGGAAUUGCCCACAUGGAUGACCUGGCAGUGGCCGAUGAGUUAGGUGUGCCAAUCCUGGGUCCAGAACCAGCUAUUGCUCAACACUACAGCACCAAAUCUGGAGGGAGGAGGAUUUUUGUUGGGGCAGAGAUCGAUGUACCACCUGGCCAAGGAGACAUCUAUUUGCUAAACCAGCUUCACGGAACACUGGCAGAGCUUAUGACUCAAAACAUUGAUGUGCAGUGCUGGCUGUUCAAGAUUGACUCUGAGGAUGGUGGCUGUGGCACAGCAUAUUGUGAUAUUUGCCAUCUUAGCAGCUAUAACUGGGCUCUGAAGGAAUAUCAUCGUUAAGGUCCUAAGCUAUGGAACCUAAAAUGUAUUCAGGAGACUGCACUGCUCAGAUAUUUAGAUGAGAUCCCAGAAUGGCUGACCCAUUACGCCCAGCCUGCUAAAACCUCCUGCUAUCCCAACUGGGCCUGCUUCCUAAAGACCUUCCUCAGGCAAGGAGGUGUGGUGGAGGCCUACCCUCCUUCAGACACUGUCACCUGUCUGACAGUAGAUCUGCUGUUGGAGCCAGGGGGUGAGGUGAUCACGUUGUCUUGUGGAGACCAGCUCCAUGGUGGCUGUAAACUUGAAGCUGUUGGGUCCACUGUUCCUCAGACAUCUGUAAACCCAGAAACUUUACACUCUAUCUGCACCCGUGUAGACCAGGCCUGCCUGCAACGCUGCAUCGUAGGUUAUGUCUCAGCGGAUCUGGUUACCUUUCUUGACCACAGCACCAUGGAAAAAAAGGUGUGGGCUGUUGAUCUGGACAUCACAUACAGUAACCAGCUGGCCAUGACCCAGAUGCGUCUGAUGAUGACUGGAGGAACGCUGAACUGCCGCACAGGCUGUUUAGAAGUGCCAGCGCCAAUCAGAGAGGAAUGCUUUGAACACCGGAUUGCACCCAAAGCUCCCAUUGGUAAUCUUUAUGCUGUUACUGGGAACCACUUAUUUCACUCUGACCUUUCCAUGUUAUACCAUAAGGUGUUCCUUAUGAUGUGCAAGGUCCAUGGCAUUGGGUUUAACACAAAGACGAGGCAAGGCACCGUUUUUGCUCUUUUUGAUAGCAGUAAAGGAAGCAGCAUGAAGAUGUUAACGGUCUCAGAGGAUCUCCAGGGAGCUCUCGUGACCUUUGCUCGGCAUCUGUCAGUCAUUCAUCAGGAAAUAUCAGUCCCUAAAAGCCAAGGAGAAACCAAUUUCAUGGAGGUGAUCAAGGAAAUAGAAGAUAUACUACAGAUGACUGCUCAGAACGAGCUGCAAGUGUAG